AUUCAAGGUUUUUGACUUUUGGCGACGUAUAAAUAAUAUUAUCUUUAUUCUUUAUCUAUUAUAAUUUCAUAAGUGACGAUUACCAAUAAUUAGUGACGAGCCUUUAGAAAAGAAGAAAGUGCCGGUGAUACUGACGAACAUGUAGUGUUUUAGUUGAUUUACGUGCUAACUGUUGGGUCUGCCACCACGACAAUUAAGAUGAUCUUAUUUGUAUCAUACCUAUAGUCAACCAUUUUAACAAUAUGUUUAUUAUUCAACACCGAUACUGAGUGAUUCGAGCUAUGGACAGAAUCGUUUUUGGAUCAAUAUCCCCCAUGAAGAUCAUGAUCAGAACAAAGCCUGUUGUGUACAUUGCUGGGCCAUCGUGAAGUGUUUCAUUAUAUUAAUAUAUUAUAUUGAUAAAAUAAUAUUCUAAUCAUGAGGUGUUUAGCUCUGAAGUUAUUCCAAACCAAUGGGGUAAUGUACAAGUAUUAUUCGGUGAUCUUUAUAUUUUUGUUUGGAGCACUAUCUAGUAUAUUUCUUAAUAAAUACUGGAACUACACUCCAAACGUUUACGAUCAAACCAGACAUCUGAUUGUACGUCGCCCGUUUUCAAUUAUUGAUUACGAUGAUCAUGAAUAUGUUGAUUCCAAUCAAAAUGCUCAUGAACUAAUCAUCAGAGAAACAGAUGUAGAUGUUGUGUCUGAUCAAGAUAAUUUGGAAGCGUUAAUGUCACUGGUUGCUGCCAAUGAGAUGAAAUCGAUGGGUAAAGGUGAAAAAGCAUUGAAACUUAUAGAACAUGGUAUUGCACUUGCUCCAAAAAAUCCUGACUUAUUAAAUGGUUAUGGUGAACUUAUUGAAACGCUUCGAGACGACAUUUUAACAGCCGAUCAGAUGUAUUAUCAGGCACUUAUACAUAGUCCAAAACAUAAAGAGGCAUUGAUCAAUCGUAAGAGAACUCAAAUUAUUGUUGAUGAUUUGGAUUGGCAACAGCUCAAGCGUAUUGACGAAAAAAGAGAUAAAAUGGCUUUAAUAUCAGAUUCUAAUAUGGCUCUUAGAAGAGCAAAAAAAGAAGCAUAUUUUCAGCACAUUUACCAUACUGUUGGUAUUGAAGGAAACAGAAUGUCUUUAUCGGAAACUAGAUCUAUUUUAGAAACUAGAAUGGCCAUUGGUGGUAGAAGUAUUGCCGAACACAAUGAGAUAAUAGGUUUAGAAGCGGCUCUUAAGUAUAUAAAUGCAACAUUAAUCAAUCGACUUGGUAGUAUUUCUGUUGAUGAUAUUUUGGAAAUUCAUAAACGAGUAAUGGGAUUUGUUGAUCCUUUAGAAAGUGGAGUUUUUCGUCAAACACAAGUAUUUGUUGGUGGUCAUAUUCCUCCAGGUCCAUCUCAUAUUGGAACAUUAAUGGAAAAUUUUUCUUUAUGGCUCAAUUCUGAAUCUACUCUCAGACUACAUCCUGUAAGAUUUGCAGCUUUGGCACAUUACAAAUUAGUACAUAUACAUCCAUUUACUGAUGGAAAUGGACGAACUUCACGUCUGCUUAUGAAUAUGAUUUUAAUGCAAGCUGGCUAUCCACCAGUUAUUAUACCAAAAGGAGAAAGACAUAAGUAUUAUAGAACUUUGGAAUUUGCGAAUAAAGGAGAUAUUAGACCAUUUUUGAGGUUCAUUGCUGAAUGUACUGAAAGAACAUUAAAUCAGUUUUUGUUGUCUACUACAACAGAAUUUUCAACUGACAUUCCAGAAUUAGACUAUGAUAAUAUUAUUAUAAAUGAAUCAUAAUAAUGUCCCAAAUUUGAAAAUGUAUCAGCCAAAAAGCGUGCUUGUAGAAGUUUAAUACGAAAUCAAUGGUUUUAGUCUUGUCUAAUAAUUAACAUGUACUGUUGUGAGUAUUAAUUAUUUAAUCUAAAAGUUUCUAUAAAUAUUUUACUUUCAUUUUGGUUUUUUCGAUUAUCAUAUUAUUUUAAUUUUUGUUUGUUGAAUAAAAUAUUAUAUUUUAUGUAUAUUAAUUUAAACAUAUAUUAAAUAACACAAUACAAGUUGUAGUAAUAACUGGUAAUACACUUAUCUACAAUUAAUAACAAAAAACAAGAAAAGUAAAAAUAUAAGCGAUUUUAAAAUGAUUCACAUCUAUACCUAUACUCUGUUUCAAAAAAGAACAAUCACAUUUUAGCAUCAUGAAUGAUUUGACUAGCACAUCAAGAACCAAGUGAUCACGCUAACCAGUGGUGGAAAUUUUUAAUUUAAAUGAAUAUUACUCUGAAAGUAUAGUACUUUUAUCUACAGGUCUGAAAAUUAAUUGAGAUUUUUUGUUUAUCAAAACCUUUAUAUACUAUUAACUAUAGUUAAGACAUACUUAUUAGUAUAUUAAAAGUUUAACUAAUAGAUAAAAUUUAUUCUUAUGAUUAUAUUGCCUGUGAUACAUUUUUCAUGUUAACCGUUACCUAUUUGAUUUAUAAUUUCAUAAUAUGUUAUAUAUUAUUUAAUAUUUAUUGUUGAUUAGUUUUAAGUUAUAUUUGUAUCUUUGUUGAAUUAUGUAAAUUGUAAACUAUUAAAUUAAAAAUAUUAAUUUUCAAAAAAAUAGCUUUGAUAUUUGUUUAUUAUUUAUAAUAAAUACAUUAUUAAUAAUUUAGUAAUAAACUUGUCCGUAU